CAGAGCAGCAGCACAAUGACAAAUACAGAUGAAUGUCUGGCAGCACACAAGGGAUCUGUAUCACCGUUAACACUACGGACACUGGAUAUAUGGAACACAGAGCCUCUGAUUGGGAUUCGGGAAAAAGGGUGGAUCUGUCAGUUCACCCCCAUUCCCCCCUUUUUUUUCUUUUUUUUUUAUUCGUAUCACUUAAGAUGAGACGAAACCUAAGCUUCCAAGAAAAAUCUAGGGAUUGCAAGCGAAUGAAGCAAAUCUAACAGUGGUGCUUUCAGGAAUGUCCUGAUUUUUUGCCGUUGUACUUUUGUUUUUUCAUUCAUGGAAAUAUGGGAAUAUCACUGUUUUCUACACAACCAAUACCAAAUUUCUUUCAUUUUUUUUUAUUCUAUCAGAUUUGAUAUACAAGGGGACCCGUAUUUUGUUUUGAUUUAGGACUUAAUCUUCUAAAUACUGAAAGAAAUGGUAUGACAGAGAGAUGCAUCCAACCCAUCAACAGCACAAUGUGGGAAUAAGCCAGCUGGAUUAUUAUGUCGAUGAUGCAAAUUUAUACCACAAGAAUAAGACAUCAGGCUGGCCGCCUCCCGGUCAAGGCUCCUGGGGAGGUCUGCAGGGGCCCCCAUACAGCUGGGACAGCAUGAGCAACACCAGGGAUGGCCGGGACUUCUUAACCAACCAAGGGUCCCAGAGCAGCUCCCUGGAGGAGGUCCACCUCGAUGGUCUCCCUCCCGCUCCUCGUCUGGUGGAGAUGAGAAGGGAUCCGGUCCUAGGCUUUGGCUUCGUGGCUGGCAGUGAGAAACCUGUGGUGGUCCGUUCUGUCACACCUGGUGGUCCAUCUGAGGGGAAGCUGCUGCCAGGCGAUGAGAUUAUCAUGAUCAACGAUGAGCCAGUCAGCUCAGCCCCCAGGGAACGAGUCAUCGAUCUCGUCAGGAGCUGCAAAGAGUCCAUUAUGCUGACUGUUGUUCAACCAUAUCCAUCUCCUAAAUCAGCGUUCAUCAGUGCAGCCAAAAAAGCCAUGCUGAAGUCCAAUCCGGUCAAAGUGCGCUUUGCUGAGGAGGUCAUUAUAAACGGCCAGGUCCCGAAUCCGGUGAAGGAUAACUCUUUACUAUUCAUGCCAAAUGUCCUGAAGGUCUACCUGGAAAACGGGCAGACAAAGUCUUUUCGAUUCGACAGCAGUACCUCCAUCAAGGAGGUGAUUCUGACCCUGCAGGAGAAGCUGUCCAUCCGCUGCAUCGAGCACUUCUCUCUAGUGUUGGAGGAGAGAACUGAAGGUUCUGGAAGCAAACUGCUUCUCCUGCAUGAGCAGGAGAUGCUUACUCAGGUUACCCAGAGGCCUGGUUCUAACAGGAUGAAGUGUUUCUUUAGAAUAAGCUUCAUGCCGAGGGACCCAGUGGAGCUGCUCCGUCGGGAUGCUGUUGCGUUUGAAUACCUCUAUGUACAAUGUUGUAAUGACGUGGUCUUGGAGCGCUUCGGCCCAGAGCUUAAGUACGAUGCUGCUCUGCGACUGGCUGCUUUGCAGAUGUACAUCCUCUCCAUGACGGCCAGACAGAGUCAAAAGGUUUCUUUGAAAUAUAUCCAAAAGGAGUGGGGUCUGCCACUGUUCCUGCCUCCAACUGUGCUGUCCAGCAUGAAGGAGAAAAACAUCAAGAAGGCUCUGACGCACAUCCUGAAAACCAACCAGAACCUUGUGCCUCUGGGGAAAAAACUAACUGCAUUGCAGGCCAAGGUGCAUUACCUGAGGUACAUCAGUGAGCUCAAACUAUAUGGAGGAAGAGAGUUUAAAUCGAUACUUUUGCAGGGAGAGAAACAGACAGAGGUGAUGCUGUUAGUGGGCCCGCGAUAUGGAAUCAGUCAUGUAAUUAAUGCCCGGACCAACCUUGUAGCCCUGUUGGCCGAUUUCAGCCACGUUAACCGCAUUGAGAUUCUUACUGAGGACGAGAUGAACGUCCGGCUGGAACUUCAUGUCCUGGAUGUUAGGCCCAUCACACUAAUCAUGGAGUCAAGUGAUGCAAUGAACCUUGCUUGCCUAACAGCUGGCUACUACCGCCUCCUAGUGGAUUCCCGUAGAUCUAUUUUCAACAUGGCCAACUGCAAUAACAUAGCAGAGGAUGACACUGGUCAGGAUCGUGUCCUUGAGUGGCCAUACAGCACAUCUUUUGGGGAAAAUGAAGAGCCAGCACAGGGGUCUGUCUAUAACAGGAACUAUUCAGACAAUGGGCAGAGGGAAAACAGCAUUUCUCCUUACUUUAAUGAGCCCCAAAAUCUUGAUAGCGACCUAGGGAAGAGAAGAAGUCCGGUUCCCCCUCCUCUUCCCCCUGCAACCAGGCACAAAACUCAGGACUCUCCUCGGAGUGCCAAAGUUUCAUUUAUUUUUGGAGGUAACCCACCGUUGAACAGAGCAAGGAACUAUGAAGCACUGCCAGAGAGCCCUGAGUCCUCCGAGCUCUUCCAGUUCAGUGAGCUAACGCACAUCUAUAGCAACAUUAUAACGGAGGAAGGUGGUGAGGAGCCUGUGCUUAGGGAGCUGUUUAAUCGAGACGCAACAGACGAUGCAGAGGAUGAUGAGGAUGCUUCCUGUGAGGAAGACUCCACAGGGGGGACUCCAGUUGGUGAUAACAGGGAAGGUGGACUGAACUGUGACAGCCAAGGAGCACGGUUGCCCACAGCAGCUGGCAAAGCCACUUUUCUUAACCUCUCUGGGUCCACGGAUGAUAUCAUCGACCUCACAUCACUGCCACCUCCCGAAGGAGACGACGGGGUCAACGACGAUGAGGACGACUCCCUGUUGCAGACCCUGAACCUUGCAAUCGCAGCGCCACCACCAGGCUUUCGGGACAGCAUAGAUGAGGACACAGCCCCAGAGGGACGGCCUCUAAGCACAUGUAGUAAUGAUGACAUCCCUGUAUCGCUAAUCGAUGCCGUUCCAACACAUGGGGAGGAAGAAGGAAGCAGAGGAGGGCAGAGUAGGUUAGAAAAUGCUGUUGUGAAUUCGUUACAAGCACUGGCGGAUCUAUCAGUCUCUGAGCGGAGACCUCAUCGCCCACCACCCAGAAGUAACAACACAGGUAUGUGCACAUCUCAAGGAUUUAGCCCAGAGUCCUCAUCCGAUUCUGGCAAUGAGACCAACUCUUCUGAGAUGACUGAAAUAUCUGAACUAGCCGCUACUCAUAGACUUAAUGAGAGCCACAUGCGUUUGCUUGUAGCCACAACAGAAGGAUACCAACCUUUACUUGAAGAGAAAACUGAAUUUCCAGUCUCACCUAAUUCAUGCGCCAAUGUAGAAAAGAAACCCCGCAGCCCGACACGACACCUUCAGCCUCCAGCAGUUCCUCCAAGACGUAGCCCCCAGCUGGACCUUACAUCAUCGGGGCUGGACAGAUUGGAGGUGAAAUCCCAAAAUACUCUCUCGGUUACUCUCCAGCAUCCCAGUUCAACAACACCAGGAGGUAAACACCAGAAAAAAUCAGCACACUCCAGUGGAAAGUACAACACCUUCAGUACCAGGGAAGGUUUUCGAAGUGAGAUUAAUAGCAGGCGCAGCUAUCUUGAUUUAAACCAACGCACUUCAUUUAUUGAGCAAGAAGAAGGUCAGAGGGGACAGAAUUCCUUUUUCACCUCUUCCUCUGUAACCGAGGGCACUGUAGCAACAAGCCCGGCUCGAGACCCUCGAAAUAAUCUUCGCCCAUCUUCGGCUGUUUCUGAUCGGUUCUUAGAGGUUGUUAACAUGGGCGGUUGUGAUGCAGGCAACGGAGCUACGACUGCUGAGCAGGAUGAACACUUGGUUGUAGCAUCCUUACUGUCACCGAGCAAGCAAUCCAGAUCAGGAGGUUCUGAACAAGGAUCGGAUACACAAAGUGACCAUCAGCCAAUUUCAAGACAACAGAGUGUUGCACGGUUGUGUGAGUACCACCUGGCAAAAAGGAUUUCAAAUUUGCAAGGAGAAGCUCACAGUUCACUUCAGGGCUCCUUGUGCUCAUCACUUGAUGCAGGUGGCAGCACAAAUAGCAGUGCCUGUGCAACACCAAAUGACUCCCCCCUUGGCCCCGGUGCAAUUGAGUCCAAGCACAAUCGCUUGCAAAAGCACCAUCUUUCGAGCUCUUCCUCUUCCCUGCUUAGAGUGCUAAACAACGAAGACAGCAAUUCUGGAGUCCCAGUAGGAUUCCAAAGCCAAAACACUCAAAGCAAAGACCCUCAUCCUCAUGCAGACCCCAACCUCCUUCGAAAAAUGCUGCCCAACAUCCAUCCCCCAUUUGCUGGGGGGGAAACAAGCCGACCUUCCUCAGCAACUCCUUCCAAACACAAGGAGAUAACAGGAAAUAAGAAGCAUCCAAACGACAUCCAUGUUAAACAGCAACCUAGUUUUAAGGGCCUUAACCCAAAGGAAGGCAGUGAGGCCUACAGACAACUGAUAAACUAUCUCACAGUAAGUCAAAUGCAUCAGGGGGGUAAAUUACAUAGUGCGGGUAUGGGAGGGGCAGUUAAAAAAGACAGCAGACGUUUUAUUACAAGCAACCCUCAGUUAAUUGAAAUGGUUAAGGGUAGAGGUAGUACCACUGCUCGCUGUCCAUGUAUGCCUUCCUCUCUCUCAUCCCCAUUUCUCAGCCCUAAUACUGCAACUUCUCAUUCAGCAACAAUGCAAUUAGCAAAUAAAGAUGCAAGGUCCUACCUUUCAGCCACACUUCCUGCCAAACUGAAGAGAAGCCCUGAUAUGCAUGUACAAAGACUGAAUGAUAGUUUGGACUUCAGGAGAGCUCCAACUGAAAGAAGGAGCUCCUUUUCUGGUCUGGAAAGUGAGCUGGGCAGGGAGGGUAUUGAUCCAGAACAUUUUCUCUUUCAAUGUAAAAAACAAGAGCAUAUGAACCGUAAUAAUCGCCCUCCACCUCGUUCAAGAAGCCAACCAAGUGGCACCACAGAAGACUGGUUCAAACCAGACUCGAGGUCAAAACAUGCAGGUUUUUAUUCUCCUCAAAAACCUAAUGACUCUUUUUCUUGUUCAACUGCACCCAGUUUGAGUGGUCAACGUGCAGAGCUCAAUGCUCUCUCACUAGGGCGUGGCGAUUAUCCAUCAGCUUUCAUUCGACAGACAUCUAGUCGGACUAGAACAACCAUAUCAUCUCCAACACCACAAUCUCCACCUCCUCCUCCACCACCUCUGCCACCACCCCUUCCUUCAUCUCUCCCAGUACAAGUGAACUCUAGCGCUAGCAACUCAGGAUGUCCACAAGAUUCACUUCAUUCCAUCCAGUUGCGGCAGAAUCAGAACCAUAUUCAGUCUGUUGCUCCAACCCUGUCCCAGACGGAACCCUUAAGCAGUAGCAUGCAACGAGGAAGAGAUCUCAAGCGCAGCUCAAGCAAUGUGACUGCUAGUUCUGGAAGUGUUGAGGCUUUAUUUGAUAAGCCCAUACGAAGCCGCAGCCAGCAGCCCUUGUCAGCACCUAUGUCUCAACAAAGUGAGAGCAAAGUCCAACGUAGACAAGCUAGAAAAAGGCUAUCCAAGAGCUAUUCACAAGGAUCUGUAUCCUCACAUGCAACAUGUUGGUCUACAGGCAGCGGGGUAGAUAGUAGAAGGUCAUCUGUUGCAUUUCCAUUACAAAAAGACUCUAAACAUACAAAGGGCUCUCAAAAACUGGACACCAGUCCCUGGAGAUGCAACGGCCCCUUCAGUUACUGUUUCUUUAAACGUAAGACUGAGGGAGAAGAUGAUGAAAUUGAGUGGGACAGGCCUAGAAGAAGUCGUGUUGGGGGUAAUUUUGACAAUAAUGGUGCUGUUGCAUCAGCUAUAACCCCCUAUGGAUCAUCGAUGGAUGAGCAGCUAUAUGGAGAGGUGCUUGAUAAUAUGAGCUUUAGUGACCGUUUGGCGAGAAUCAAUUCUCUCAAGGACCGCAUGUACAGCUUUCCAUGUGGCUUUAACGACGUCCGUCGAGAUGCCAAUGAGCUCAUUGCACUGGUGAGAUCCAGUGUAGGUCGUUGUGACCGUGGCAUCCAGAUGCCUAUACAAGAUGUUUCCCAGUACAAGCAGCUUCUUUCUGUUGAGUCAAAAGAGUUAGGCCGGGCUUGCCGGAAAAUGGCACAAGCCCAUAGUAGUCCUGAUGAAAUGCUGCUAGCUGUUACAUGUAGCUUUCAGGUGCUAUGCUGUCUGUGUGAAGCUUGUAUGUGUCUAGUUAGGGGACUUGGAGCCUCGGCAUCACAGCAGCAAAGAGAAGUUGUAGCAAAAGUUGAUGAGGUUGUUAUGAACUAUAUUUGUUUGCUCAAAGCAGCCGAAGCUGCAACUGUUGGGGCUCCAGGGGAGCACAGUGUUGAUGCCCUGGUUCGCCACUCCAGUACCAUGUCAGCUAUUGCUAACGCACUCACCCGCUCCCUUAAAACGCUGCUAAGCAAGUAGAGGCUAUUUCCAAUGCUUUAUAGUAUGGCCUAUGCAGUCAGUAGAAGUCUGUCUUUAGACAUCUUACUGUUUUUGAGUUAUCUGAAAGAGUCAGAUGUUUUCCUGUUGUGUUUAAAUGUUUUUUAUGUCUAAAAAUAUAUUUAUUGCAGUUAUACUUAAAGUUAAAAUGACAUAUUAUUAAAAAUGCUUACAGAGAGUAAAUACUUUUACUGCUGAAAUUGUUGUAAUGUAAAUUUCAAAGCCAUACUGUUAGAAACCUUUGUACUAAAUGUACCUAGUAGAUACUAUACCCUUUUACUUGUGCAUUAUGUAACUUAUUCAAAAUGUAUAUAAUGUAUAAUGAUACUAUAUAAUUGUAUAAUUUGAAGGAGCACUUUUUUGAAGAGCAGGAAGGCAUUGAGAACUCUGCUUGAAAUAAUUUAUUUUGCAAGAUUGAUGGAAAGUCACUUUACGUUGAGUCAUGUAAAGUUUUAAUAGAAAUAUAUAUAACUAUAAGAAAAGCAAUUUCAGCUGUAAGCAAAAUGUAUACUUGUCAGACAACUAGAAAAAGAUAUAGCAUUGAAUUGGUUCACCUUUUCUUGUUUGAAUAGACAAAAAUAAUGUACUCAGUAAAAACCUAAAUUAUUCUCAGAGCAUUGCUUAACGUUUUCAUAUUUUGUAUUGUCUGAUUAGAAUAUGUGGAAUUUCAUUCAAAGCUGAAUAUUUAAAACUAUAAAAUUUAAAUAUUUGCAAAUUUGUAGCAAUAUUUUUGACUGAUCUUUAAACAAAGGUUAUUUAUUUUCAUUUUUUAAAUCAAUAUGUUGUUUUAGAUGGGGGUCUUCUUAAAUUAUGUGUUACUGCAUAUGAUGAAUUUAGAUAUUUUUUUUGGUAAACAAGAUGUUAUUUUAACUUUUUUUGUUGUUUUUGCAAUAAUCCACCCUAUUAAAAGACAUUUUACAAGUGUACACAUUUUUGUCUAUUGUCUUUAAAUCUGAUGUAAUAUUUUGCAAACUUCUAUGUUGUUGCCUUUUUUUAUAUAACUUUUUUUAUUUUUCUGUAUUCUGAUUUAAAAUAUUUUUCUUGUCACUGUUGUAAAGGACAGACAUAAAAGCUAAGACUUUG